AUGCCCAAACUAUACAAAGACAUCCUUUAUUUAAUAUUUCAAGAAUUACAAGAUAAUAAAGAAACUCUUUAUUCUUGUCUUUUUGUUGAUAAAACAUGGUGUGAAACAAUUAUUCCAAUUUUAUGGAAAGACCCAUGGAAAUUCUUAAAGAAUGGUUGUAAAUUACGAAAAAGAGAAUUAUUAUUAAAUUUAAUUAAUUCGAAUUUAUCGGAUGAAUCAAAAAAUAAAUUAGGUCAAUACUUUAAUUUUUCAUAUAAGAAACCUUUAUUCAAUUACGUUAGUUAUUGUAAACAUUUAAAUUUAAUAGAAAUCAAAAAGAUUAUUAAUAAUGAUACAUUAAUCAUUCAAUUAGAAAUAAUCAAUCUUCUUAUUAAUGAAAAUACAAAAUUUACUCAUCUUUAUAUACCUAAACAAUUUAAUUAUCAAAUAAAUCUUUUCCCUGGGUUUCAAAAUUGUUUUUCAAAUAUUGUAUUUCUUAGUUGUAGUUCCAAUAUAGGUGAUAAUGUUUUGGAUGGUUUAUCAAAAAUUUGUAAAUCAAUUAAAGAAUUGGAACUUAUUAUUGAUGAGAAUAAUAAUAAUUGUGAUAUUAUUAAAUUAAUUGAUAUUCCUACAAAUUUAAUUAAUGUUCGUUUAUUAAUUAAAUAUGACUUUUAUAUUCAUAUUAAUUAUGAACCAUUUCAUAAAAUUCUUGAAAAAUCUUUAAUGAAACAUUCAAAUACUAUACGUUAUCUUAAGAUAACUAAACAACCUACUUUAAUGAUUCUUUCAUCUUUUAUUUAUUUAAUAAGAUUAGAAUUGGAUUGUAGUUGUCUUGGUAGUCGUCAUUAUCAAUGGAAUUGUUUGGAAAAUUUAUCUUUACCUUUUUUACAAAUUUUAAAAGCAAGAUAUGUUCCAAUCAAACCUAUAACAAAUUUAAUUGAAAAUACAAGUGGUUCUCUUGAUGAAAUAAAAAUUGAUUAUACUUAUCAUAGUGAGAAUGAUAAUAAAAGAAUUAUUCAAGUUAUUUAUCAUAAUUGUUCAAAUCUUAAAUAUCUUACUUUAGUAAUUAAAAGUAAUAAUCUUAUUGAAUUAGAAAAAUUAUUAAUUACUUGUAAAUAUUUAAUUAAAUUAAAUAUUCUCACUGAUGAUAGAGUAUUUGAUUGGAAUAAUUUAUUUGAUUUAUUAAUUAGAUUAUCUCCAAUUACUUUAUAUAAAUUUAAAUUUUAUAAUUCUUAUGUAUCUCCUGAUUUAGAUUCUUUAAAAUUAUUUUUAGAUAAUUGGAAAGGUAGAAAUUCUUUAUUAUUAAAAUUUAAUAUGGAUAUUAAUGAUGAAUAUUCUGAUUUAAUAGAAAAAUAUAAAGCAGAAGGUGUAAUUAAUAAAUUUGAUUAUUAUUCUUAG